AUGUUGUCCAGCAUCGACGACGACCAGCCCGCGACCGAAGUUUGACAAGCAUUGACGACGACCAGCCCGCGACCGAAGCAUGACAAGCAUUGACGACGACCAGCCCGCGACCGAAGCAUGACAAGCAUUGACGACGACCAGCGCGAGACCGAGAAGGCAAGAAGCAAACCGGACCGGGCCACGACGGAAGCGGCCCUGCGCAGCUGCGACCACACGACCGUCGAUUACAGCCGCUUCGACGCCGUCGAGGUCCCCGAGGACGUGGUCAUCGAGCGGCGGAGCUGGGGCCCGACGCGGGACAAGCGCACGGCGCCCUUGCGAAUCACGCUCAACGCCAAGCGCUUCACGCUCGCGGGGCCCUGGUUGAGAAGGAACGUCUGCGAUUUAGGGAGGGCCUACCUCAAAGCCUCAAAAGCCUUCCGCGUCUUCCGACUCGACGGCGCGGCGCAGACCCGCGUCGAGCUCGGUUUACUGGCUGAGGUCGGCGAGUGUUUGAGGGAUGGGGACGUCUUGAAGCUUGAGGUCCGCGGCGAUGGUGCAGUUGAUGUGAUGGAGUUCCCCCUCGAGUUCUUCGACGGGUUUUCGAGCGGCGGCGUGCUGCGGGGGCCCACGACGGCCGUGGACGCCUACGUCGACGGCGGCCGCGUCGCGGCGCGGCCCGCCGAAGUCGGGCCGCACACGCUCGAGCUCGCGGACGGCGCGACGGCGGAACGCGUCGUCCGCGCGCCCGCGCCGCCGCCGCGGCCCUGGGCGGCCCUGCCGGCUUCCAUUCGUCGGGCGACGGUCGAGUAUCUUAGAGCCGCGGGCGCCGCCUUCGCCGUCGAGCGCACGGACACGGCGUCGCUGCCGCUGCCGCCGCGUGCCGUCGCCGUCUCGGGCGAGCCGCCGGCCCCCGGCUGCGCGACGCUCUUCCGCUCCUGGCUUACAUCAGAAGAUCACGACGCAGCAUCCCGUGGAGUUCCUCGGGUGCCCCAAGGUCAAGGCCAAGGUGCGCGCCGCGAACAAGGUCGUGAUCACGCCGCGAUCGCCGAGCGCGCCCGGACGCUCGUCGACGCGUGCCCGGCAGACGCCGUCGAAGUCGUCGACGCGGCGGCCGGCCCGGCGCGCAACCCGGCAACGCUGGGCCCCGACGGCCUGCUCUCGCGCCGCGCGACGCUCGCCGUCGCGGUGCACGGCGACGUCGCGUGCACCUUCCCGCGGCUCGGCGCCGGACGCGUCGUCGACGUCGACGACGUCGACGCCGAGGGUGCUGUCGCCACCAAGAUCGGCGCGCGGUGCGUGCUGCGCCGCGGCGACGCCCUGCUGCGGUCGAACGUGGACGCGCACGGCCGCGUCGAUCACCAGAUGGAUUGCGCCUACGACGGAAAAGUCCUCGAGGUCCACUUCUUCUCGCGGAGCGCCUACUUACGGACGACGGAGACCAUCGCCGUCGUCGAGGACGCGACCGCGGACGACGUGCUCGACGAACUCGAACGGCGCGUGAACGACGCGGACUUCGUGCUGCCCGAGGCGCUGGUCCAGUGGCGCGCGCCAGCGACGCGCAAGGGCCUCGUUCCCGAACCGCUCGACGCGCUCCGGUGCGUCGCGGACUUGCUGCCCGCCGGGUGCGCGGGGUCCACGACGCUGCGGGAGCGGGCGUGCUGGCGCGGGAACGGCGCCCCGGCGGCGCGCGCGUACCAAGUUGACGUCGACGCCGAGGUUCCUCCGAAGACUCGCCAGGAGGUCCGCGAGUGGGCGGAGAAGCGGCGCAUCGAUGUGCGCUUUCUAAGGUAA